AAAACAGCACAUCUUUUAAGAAUUUAUUCUAUACUUUAUAAUGUCUUUACAAUUGCUGAGAUCCUUGAUUCAUUGGCUGCAAUUGCUAUUAUUAUUGCAUAUAGAAAAACCGAUAGUUUGACUAAAUAUGAUGUAGAAUUGAUAAUUAUUAAUGCUUUGAUUAUUUUUUUUAUGAUUUAUUUUUCUUUGAUUAUUUCUGCUUAUGCUGCAAACCGUAAGGUUAAAGAAGAAAAGGCUGCUCAUUCAACAAAUAAUGCUUCGGAAAGUAAUGAUCCUUCAGAGCAAAAAGUUUCUAAAGAUAAUGUUUCUCCAGAACAUGAGACACCAUUACGUACU